UGUGAGCGCGGCUCAAAGUGUUGCGAGUCGUGAAACGAAACGGAUAUCGAGGCGGACAGUUUGCAGCAGUUAAAAAUUGCAAUUGCAUGGGAUUUCAAUUAAAUGCUAUUUUAUUUUUUUUGAGUGCCUCCUCUCAACUGUGUAUUUGUGCGUGUCUGUAGCAUUGUGUAAAGGCGACAUCAAUUUAACUCGCACCGCAGCCAAAAGAAACGAAACGAAACGAAAACAACAACGAGAGGCAACAACAAUAUGGCGUUUAAUACCGCCGCAUGCAAAAAUUGCAGCAUGCGAAUGCGGCAUAUAAAAUAAAAAUCGCUAUCGGGAUCGGUAUCGGUAACGUCGGUAACGUCAUCCAAAUAUUCAAUAUUCUUUUUUUGUUGUUUUUUUCCACUUGGUGGCCUGUGUCUGUGUCCGUGUAAGUGCAAACAAAUAAUUCAAGCAAAAGGAAAAUAAGCGCAAAAAAAAGCACAGAAACCACAACGCGAUUCCCUUACGCCAAUUUGUGUGUGUGUGUGUGUGUAUUGCCCCGCGUAUGUGCGUGUGUGUGUGUAUGUGAGAAAGGAAGCAAACCGUUUUGCCAUCGCCGUCUUUGUCUUUCGUCUCUUUGAAUAACAUCGCUUGAGUUGAAUUCAAAGUUUGUUGCGGUUGCGCGUGGAAAUGUCGCCGUUGUCAGCGUCGACGUCGGCGUCGCUGCAUACAACAAACGGCAACGCGCGGCACUUAAUUGUUCUACUCGCCUGGCUGCAAAAUACAUAAUAAUAAAAGAAAGAAAGAAAAAAACAACCAGCAGCAGAAACAAAAAUUCAAAAAAAAAUAUAUAAAAAUAAAAACAACCAAAAGUUAAAGUGAUACAACAACAAACUACACACAAAAUUACUGCACAUACAUCAGCAACAACAACAACAACAACAACAGCAACAACAAGCAAGCAAAAAACAAAAACUCAAAAGCAUAAAACGCAAAUCUUAAACUGGAUUACAAUGCAGUUGCAGCGCAGCAGACGUCGCUGUCGCGCACACAGAAUUUGGAUUAACGAAAUGCUAGCGGGCGUCGCGCUGCUGCUGCCGCUGCUGGCGCUAGCUAAUUUCAGCAGCGCCCAGGCGACGGAAACCGGCACCUCUCUGGCCAUUUCCUGCACCACAUUGGGCUGCAAAAAUGGCGGCACAUGCAUCACACAAGCGAAUGGCAAAUCCUACUGCGCCUGCGAUACACGCUAUGUUGGCGACAACUGUGAACAUCGGAACCCCUGCCUGACCGGCCAUGGACGCUGCCAGAAUGGCGGCACCUGUCAGGUGGCCUUUCGGAAUGGCCGGCCUGGCAUCUCGUGCCUGUGCCCGCUUGGCUUUGAGGAGUCGCUCUGCGAGAUUGCGGUGGCGAAUGCUUGCGAUCAGGCGCGCUGCUUCAACGGCGGCACCUGCCAGCUGAAGACGCUUCAGGAGUACAGCUGCAUCUGUGCCAAUGGCUAUACGGGCGAUCACUGCCAGACACAGAAUCUGUGCGCCAGCUCACCCUGUCGCAAUGGCGGCACCUGUUCUGCUUUGGCCGGCAGCAGCCGAUUCAGCUGUAACUGUCCGCCUGGCUUUACGGGUCACACCUGUUCCGAGGAUGUGGAGGAGUGCCAAUCGAAUCCUUGUCAAUACGGCGGCACCUGCGUCAACACGCAUGGCUCCUAUCAAUGCAUGUGCCCGGCUGGCUACACUGGCAAGGAUUGCGAUACCAAGUACAAGCCCUGCUCGCCGUCGCCCUGUCAAAACGGCGGCACAUGCCGCGCCAACGGACUCACCUACGAUUGCAAAUGUCCACGUGGUUUCGAGGGCAAGAACUGCGAUCAGAACAUCGACGAUUGCCCGGGCAAUCUGUGCCAGAACGGCGGCACCUGUGUGGACGGUAUCAAUGACUAUCGCUGCAACUGUCCGCCUAAUUUUACGGGACGCUACUGUGACGUGGAUGUGGACGAGUGUGCGCUGCGUCCGUCCGUCUGCCAGAACGGUGCGACCUGCACGAACACCCAUGGCACCUACAGCUGCAUCUGUGUGAACGGCUGGGCCGGCAGCGAUUGCAGCGAGAACAUUGAUGACUGCGUCCAGGCGGCCUGCUUUGAUGGCGCCACCUGCAUCGAUGGCGUGGGCAGCUUCUAUUGCCGCUGCACGGCGGGCAAGACGGGCCUGCUGUGCCAUCUGGACGAUGCGUGCACCUCAAAUCCCUGCCAUGCGGAUGCCAUAUGCGAUACGAGCCCCAUAAAUGGCUCGUACGCGUGCUCCUGCGCCACCGGCUACAAGGGCGUCGACUGCUCCGAGGAUAUUGAUGAGUGCGAUCAGGGCUCGCCGUGCGAACAUAACGGCAUAUGUGUGAAUACGCCGGGCUCGUUUAUGUGCAACUGCUCGCAGGGAUUCACGGGACCGCGCUGCGAGACAAACAUCAAUGAAUGCGAAUCACAUCCGUGCCAGAACGAGGGCAGCUGCCUGGACGAUCCGGGCACCUUUCGUUGCGUCUGCAUGCCCGGCUUUACGGGCACCCAAUGCGAAAUUGAUAUCGAUGAGUGCCAGUCGAGUCCCUGCCUGAACGAUGGCAUCUGCCACGACAAGAUCAAUGGCUUCAAGUGUAGCUGUGCGCUCGGCUUUACGGGCACACGCUGUCAGAUCAACAUCGACGACUGCCAAUCGCAGCCGUGCCGGAACAAUGGGAUCUGCCACGACUGCAUUGCCGGCUACAGCUGCGAGUGUCCGCCGGGCUAUACGGGGACCAGCUGCGAGAUCAACAUCAAUGACUGCGACUCGAGUCCGUGCCAUCGGGGCAAGUGCAUCGAUGGCGACAACAGCUUCAAGUGUCUGUGCGAUCCCGGCUUUACCGGCUAUCUAUGCCAGAAACAGAUCAACGAGUGCGAGUCGAAUCCCUGCCAAUUCGGCGGCCAUUGUGUGGACCGUGUGGGCAGCUAUCUGUGCCACUGUCUGCCCGGCACCAGCGGCAAGAACUGCGAGAUCAACGUGAACGAAUGCCACAGCAAUCCGUGCAACAAUGGCGCCAGCUGCAUCGAUGGCAUCAACUCGUACAGCUGCAGCUGUGUGCCCGGCUUCACGGGCCAGCACUGCGAACUGAAUGUGGACGAGUGCGCCAGCAAUCCGUGCGCCAACAAUGGCGUCUGCAUGGAUCUGGUCAAUGGCUACAAGUGCGAGUGUCCGCGCGGCUUCUACGAUGCCCGCUGCCUGAGCGAUGUUGACGAGUGCGCCUCGAGUCCGUGCGUCAACGAUGGCCGCUGCGAGGAUGGCAUCAACGAGUUCAUUUGCCACUGUCCGCCCGGCUAUACGGGCAAGCGUUGCGAACUGGACAUCGACGAGUGCGCCAGCAAUCCCUGCCAGCAUGGCGGCAGCUGCUUUGACAAACUGAACGCCUUCAGCUGCCAGUGCAUGCCGGGCUAUACGGGUCACAAGUGCGAGACGAACAUCGACGACUGCCUGAGCAAUCCCUGCGCCAAUGGUGGCACCUGCAUCGACAAGGUCAAUGGCUACAAGUGCGUCUGCAAGGUGCCCUACACGGGCCUCAAUUGCGAGAGCCAACUGGAUCCGUGUGCCAGCAAUCGAUGUCGCAACGAGGCCAAAUGCACGCCCAGUCCCAACUUCCUGGACUUUUCGUGCACCUGCAAGCUGGGCUAUACGGGACGCUACUGUGACGAGGAUAUUGACGAGUGCGCCUUCAGCUCGCCGUGCCGCAACGGCGCCAGCUGCUUGAAUGUGCCCGGCUCGUAUCGCUGCCUGUGCACCAAGGGCUAUGAGGGCCGGGACUGUGCCAUCAAUACGGACGAUUGCGCCUCGUUUCCCUGCCAGAAUGGCGGCACCUGCCUGGACGGCAUUGGCGACUAUUCGUGCCUCUGUGUGGACGGCUUCGAUGGCAAACACUGCGAGACGGACAUCAACGAGUGCCUGAGCAUGCCCUGCCAGAAUGGCGCCACCUGUCGCCAGUAUGUGAACAGCUAUACGUGCACCUGUCCGCUGGGCUUUAGCGGCAUCGAUUGCCAAACAAACGACGAGGACUGCACGGAGAGCUCCUGCCUGAACGGCGGCAGCUGUGUGGACGGCAUCAAUGGCUACAAUUGCAGCUGCCUGCCGGACUACAGCGGCGCCAAUUGUCAAUAUAAGCUGAACAAAUGUGACUCGGCGCCCUGCCUAAAUGGCGGCACGUGUCACGAGCAGCGCGACGAAUACACCUGCCAUUGUCCGAGCGGCUUUACGGGCAAACAGUGCUCCGACUAUGUGGACUGGUGUGCCCAGUCGCCGUGCGAGAACGGCGCCAGUUGCAGCCAGCUGAAGCAUCAAUUCAAUUGCAAGUGCGCCGCCGGCUGGACGGGCAAACUGUGCGAUGUCCAGAUGAUCAGCUGCCAGGAUGCGGCCCAGCGGAAGGGGUUAAGCGUGAAGCAGCUGUGCAAUAAUGGCACCUGCAAGAAUCACGGCAACAGUCAUGUCUGCUACUGCAGCCAGGGCUAUGCGGGCAGCUAUUGCCAGCAGGAUAUCGAUGAGUGCGCCUCGCAGCCCUGCCAGAAUGGCGGCACCUGUCGCGAUCUGGUGGGCGCCUAUCAGUGCAGCUGCCGGCAGGGCUUCCAGGGCCAGAAUUGUGAGCUAAAUAUCGAUGAUUGUGCACCGAAUCCAUGCCAGAAUGGCGGCACCUGUCACGAUCUAGUGCAUGGCUACAGCUGCAGCUGCCCGCCGGGCACCAAGGGCAUGCUCUGCGAACUCAAUCAUGAUGAUUGCAAACCGGGCGCCUGUCACAACAAUGGCAGCUGCAUCGAUCGCGUUGGCGGCUUCGAGUGCGCCUGUCCGCCCGGCUUUGUGGGCGCACGCUGCGAGGGCGACAUCAACGAGUGCCUCAGCAAUCCCUGCUCCAAUGCUGGCACACUCGACUGUGUCCAGCUGGUCAACAACUAUCACUGCAAUUGCCGGCCCGGUCACAUGGGACGCCAUUGCGAGCACAAGGUCAACUUUUGUGCCAAGUCGCCGUGCCAGAAUGGCGGCGUCUGCAGCACCAAACAGAGCGGACACCAUUGCGUCUGCGCCGACGGCUACUAUGGCAAGAACUGUGAGUUUAGUGGUCAGGACUGCGAUUCGAAUCCGUGCCGGGCGGGCAACUGCAUCAUCGAGGAUGCCGGCGGCUAUCGCUGCGAAUGCAGUCGCGGCACAGCCGGUCAGCACUGUGAGAUCGAUACCCUGGACGAGUGCCAGCCGAAUCCGUGCCUGCAGGGCGCCGCUUGUGACAAUCUGUUGGGCGAUUACGACUGCCUUUGCCCCAGUAAAUGGACGGGCAAACGCUGCGAAAUCUACGAUGCCAGCUAUGCCGGCUGGUCGGGCAUCAGCUCUGGCAGCGGCGGCGGCAGCGGCAGCUCUGGCGUCGGCGGCUCCUCAUCCGGCGGCUCCAUUAAUGUGGGCAACGGACCGAAUGCAGCUGCCGGCGGCGGCAUCUAUGCCGCCGAUCUGGAUCAGCAGCGAGCGCUCUGCGAGAAACGCGGCUGUCCCGAGAAGCAGAGCAACGGCGUCUGCGACUCCGAAUGUAAUACGUAUGCGUGCAACUUUGAUGGCAACGACUGUUCGCUGGGCAUCAAUCCGUGGGCCAAUUGCACGGCGCGCGAAUGCUGGCGCGUCUUCAUGGACGGGCAGUGCAAUCAGGACUGCAACAAUGCCGCCUGCCUGUACGAUGGCCGAGACUGCGAACAGAAGCUGAAGCGUUGUGCGUCCAUCUAUGAUGCCUAUUGCCAGAAGCAUUACGGCGAUGGCUAUUGCGACUAUGGCUGCAACAAUGCCGAGUGCAGCUGGGAUGGGCUUGAUUGCGAGAAGUCGGAGCAGUCCUCUCAACUGGCCGAGGGCGCCAUGUCUGUGGUGAUGCUGAUGGACAUGCGACAAUUUCGUGCGGAACAGGCGCAAUUCUUGCGCGAAAUGAGCCAUGUGCUGCGCACCACGGUGCGCGUCAAGAAGGAUGCCCUCGGCAACGACAUGAUCUUCAGCUGGAAGGGCGCCUCGCGCAUGCCCGACAUACAGGACACCGAAUUCGGACGCAAACACAAGAUAUUGUAUACACAGCGCAACGGCCAGACGGGCAUACAAAUCUAUCUGGAGAUCGAUAAUCGCAAGUGCACCGAAUGCUUUAAUCGUGCCACCGAGGCGGCCGAAUUUCUGGCCGCAUCCGCCGCAAAGCACACGUUCACCAAUCGCUAUCCCAUCUACAGUGUGCGCGGCGUGCAGAGUCCCGGCGAGGGCGAGGGCGCCGAGUCGCCGGCCAAUGUCAAGUUCGUGAUAAUGGGCAUUGUCCUGGUCGUGAUUGCGCUGGUCUUCUUUGGCAUUAUGCUGGGCACACAGCGCAAGCGUGCGCAUGGCGUCACCUGGUUCCCGGAGGGCUUUCGUGCGCCCGCCGCGGCUGUUAUGUCGCGUCGCCGUCGCGAUCCCCAUGGCCAGGAGAUGCGCAACCUGAACAAACAAGUCGGCCUGGCCCAGGCCCAGGCGCAUCAGCUUGCCGGCGGCGUUGGCAGCACCGGCAUUGGCGUCGGCGGCGGCAGUCACUGGUCGGACGAUGAGUCCGAUAUGCCGCAACCGAAGCGCCAGCGUGCGGAUCAGCUCAACAGCGGCGGACUCGCCGGCCUGGGCGGCGGCGUUGGCGGCGGCAGUGUCGCCGGUCUCACAAGCGUCGGCUAUGCCAGCGACCAUACGAUGAUCAGCGAGUACGAGGAGGCCGAUCAGCGUGUCUGGUCGCAGGCGCAUCUGGAUGUGGCCGAUGUGCGCGCCAUUAUGACGCCGCCGGCGCAUCAGGAUGGCGGCAAGCAUGAUGUGGAUGCACGGGGUCCGUGCGGCCUGACGCCGCUCAUGAUUGCCGCUGUGCGCGGCGGCGGUCUGGACAGCGGCGAGGAUAUUGAGAAUAACGAGGACAGCACCGCCCAGGUGAUAUCCGAUCUGUUGGCGCAGGGUGCCGAACUGAAUGCCACUAUGGAUAAGACAGGCGAGACCUCCUUGCAUUUGGCGGCACGCUAUGCUCGCGCGGAUGCGGCCAAGCGGCUGCUCGAUGCUGGCGCCGAUGCCAAUUGCCAGGACAAUACGGGCCGAACGCCAUUGCAUGCGGCUGUUGCCGCCGAUGCGAUGGGCGUCUUUCAGAUCUUGUUGCGCAAUCGUGCUACCAAUUUGAAUGCACGCAUGCAUGAUGGCACCACGCCCCUUAUAUUGGCCGCACGCCUUGCCAUCGAGGGCAUGGUCGAGGAUCUGAUCACAGCCGAUGCGGACAUCAAUGCGGCCGACAAUUCGGGCAAAACGGCGCUACAUUGGGCCGCCGCCGUCAACAAUACGGAAGCGGUAAAUAUACUGCUGAUGCAUCAUGCGAAUCGCGAUGCUCAGGAUGACAAGGAUGAGACGCCGCUGUUUCUGGCCGCACGCGAGGGCAGCUAUGAGGCCUGCAAGGCGCUGCUCGAUAACUUUGCCAAUCGCGAGAUUACCGAUCACAUGGAUCGCCUGCCAAGGGAUGUCGCCAGCGAAC